AUGCAUGCCAGUUUCAACUAUAGUUUAUUAAUUAUUUCUACAUUAUUGAUUGCUGUAAAUGCGUUUAUUAUAUCCUCUUAUCCAUCAUAUCAAACUUCGAAUUGA